AUGUCGGGAACCAUCAUUGGCAAGUUCAACCCUUUACAUGGCGGUGACAUCAUCCUCUCUCUGUUUCACAAGCACACGACCUUUGGCCAUUUGAAGCAAAUCCACUCCCUCCUCAUCACCUUUGGCCUCUCACAAAACCCUUUCUUCCUCGCCAAGCUUGUUACUUCCAUUGCAGCCUCUCAACCUAGCCAUCUUGCCUACACUUCGCUGCUCUUCGACGGGGUAGAAGCACCCACCACUCAGUUAUGGAAUUCCAUAAUCAGAUCAUUCUCUACGAGUUCAGAACCUCGCAGGUCCCUCAUUUCCUAUUCAAAAAUGCGCACAAAUGGUAUUGCUCCCGACAAGCACACCUUCCCUUUGCUUCUCAAGGCCCUUUCCAAGUUGGAAAACGAAAACCCAUUUCAGUUUUACGCUCAUAUAGUCAAGUUUGGAUUGAAUUUUGACCAAUUUGUGAGGAAUUCAUUGAUAUCUGCAUUUUCUGGUUGCGGCUAUUUAGAGUCUGCCAACCAGGUGUUUGAUGAAAGUACGCACAAGGAUGUGGUUGCUUGGACUGCAUUUAUUGACGGGUAUGUGAAAAACGGUCGUGGCCUGGAAGCAAUCAAGUGUUUUUUGGAGAUGAGAUUGAUGGGAAUUAGGGUCGAUGAGGUGACAGUUGUUAGUGUUCUUUGUGCUGCCGGAAUGGCUGGUGAUAUUUGGUUUGGACGGUGUGUUCAUGGGUUCUAUGUGGAAGCAGGUAGAGUACAAUGGGAUGCCUAUGUUGGUAGCGCUCUUCUGGAUAUGUACAUGAAGUGCGGCUACCAUGAAGAUGCUUGUAAAGUUUUUAAUGAAAUGCCAGUUAAAAAUGUAGUUUGUUGGAGUGCCUUGAUCGCAGGUUUUGCACAAUGUAGCAAAUAUAAAGAUGCAUUGCUUGCCUUGAAAUAUAUGCUUUCAGAGAGCAUCAGACCUAACCAAUCUACAUUCACGAGUGUACUUACUUCUUGUGCGCACCUAGGGGCACUAGAUCAAGGAAAGUUGGUUCAUGGUUACAUAUGUAGGCAUAAAAUUCCAGUGAACUCGUUACUUGGAACAGCAUUAGUAGAUAUGUAUGCAAAAUGUGGUUGUAUUGAUGAGGCUCUAUCUGUUUUUGGAAAGUUGCCCACCAAGGACGUCUUUACUUGGACUGCCAUGAUUAGUGGGUUGGCAAUGGAUGGGGAUGCUUUAAAAGCUUUGAACUUCUUCUCACGUAUGUUACAGAGUGGGGUUCUACCUAAUGAAGUAACCUUCAUUGGUGUUCUUAGUGCUUGUUCUCAUGGAGGUCUUGUAGAUGAGGGACGUAAGCUUUUUGGUUCAAUGAAGCAGGUUUUUCAUUUGGAGCCUACUGUAGACCACUACGGUUGUAUGGUUGAUUUACUUGGUAGAGCUGGGUACUUGGAAGAAGCAAGAAAAAUGAUUGAGGGGAUGCCAAUGUUGCCAACAGCUGGUGUAUGGGGAGCUCUGCUUGGUGCCUGUGUGAUUCAUAAGAAUUUUGAGCUAGGGGAACUUGUAGGAAAUCAUCUGAUCAAGCUGCAGUCAAAUCACAGUGGACGAUACAUACUUUUGUCAAACUUGUACUCGACAUGGAAAAAAUGGGAAAUAGCUGCUGGCAUAAGGAAGCUCAUGAAAGGGAAACGUGUUGAAAAGAUAACAGGGUAUAGCUGGAUAGAAGUCAAUGGUGCAAUUUUUGAGUUCGCUGCUUUUGGCAAAUCACAUUCUGAAUCAGAUAAUAUAUAUUUGAUGCUGGACAACAUGUUCGUCCAAUUGAAACUCGCUGGUUAUGUUCCAGAUACUAACCUACUUGCGUUUGACAUUGAUGGAAUCUGA